GCUGCUUCAGGGAUUCCCCAUGGCGCAAAUGCCGCUCAUGCCAGUCAAACAAUCAACCGGGAGAUCUGGAAAAUGCAUGCGCGCACCAAAAAUGGUCCCUGCAAUGGUCCUUUGACUCUGGAGCAGUGCUUCUCUGUUGACAUGAAGCUGUCGCAAGCAGGGGCAGGGACUGGACGAAAGAGAAAGAGGGAAGCUGCCUCCUCUGCUGGUGGGAAGAAGGCGUUGGCUUCUGCGUUCUCCUGUGGAAAGCUCGAUUGCCAGGCUUGUUGCUUCUGAAAAAUGCUUAGGAAACAGUAGGAAUCUGUUCAGGUUGUGUGAUAUCUAAAUAAGCUUGUGUGACAGUUUGGAGGAAGCUCAUUCAUGUAGCUUAUCAAUUUGAGGGUUGAGUGUCCGGUUCUGGAAUGGAGGUCCAACCCCUCUCUGUCAAAAUACAAACUCAUAAAGUCAACUUGACCUAUGUUUUCGCAUCUAGCGAGCAGAAAGAUUCCACCUGACUCUUCAGAGAGUUUCCACCUGACUCUUCAUAUACCGCUUGAAGUUUAGUAGGGCGUGCAUCAGCCUUGUGAUAUGGGGGAGCUCACUCUCCAGGAGCAGCACCAAGUAGUGGUGAAUGCAAUCAGGACCCUCGCAAGAUUGUCUGGAGCAAAGACGUACGUCUUUGUGGUAGCUGGGGAUGGCCAUGUCUUUAAGAGCGUGUCCCCUGAUCUAAAGGCGCAUGAGAGGGGCUUCGUUGAUGAAGUUGAGAAAGCGCGUGCAAACCCUAUUGUUGUUUGGGAGGAAGGAAAUAUUUCCAUUCUGAGGAGGGCAGAGGAAGCUCUUGCAAAAACCAAGCACGCUGAGCUCCAUCCAAUCGUCGCUGUCAUGAUAGACAGUCUGAACAAACUCAAUGGCCACAAGGUCUCUCGAAGCACCGCCCUUAAGGACAGCUCCUCGACCCCCACGUGGUGGCCCCACAGCCCCAAGAAGUAUGCUGAGCGCACCCAACAGCUCAACAUCAGGGACUUGACACUCGUCAUCGACGCCGUUCUUGAUCAAGUACGGAACAACGCUGUGCGCAUCGAGAAGCUCCGGCACAUGCUCGCGUCGCACUUCAAGGCGGGGUCUUGCAGCGUCGGAACGCGCGCCGUUUUUGACGCCUACUUCGACUUUCUAUUAGACGAGGCUUGCAGAAGUGAGACGGGCGUCUUGAUGAGCAAUGCAAGUCUGGCGAACGCGAGCAGGGAGUUUGAAAGCCCGGAAGUGUCGCCAAGACUCAGUGUAUGCGGAAAUCAAAGUCAAGCGUCGGGGCUUCCUGCCCUUCAAGUAAGUCGAGCUAGCAACGUGCACCGACCCUUGCCGAUCCUCCAACCAGUGCCGGAGUGUACCACGAAGAAGCUUUGUGUUCCAUUGACCGGAGAAGAAACAAAGGGUCUUGACUUAAGGGCGUUGCCAGCACGGCAAACAUCUGCAGAGGCCGCCGACCUUCCAACUUUCUCGAGCAAAGAGGGACUAGCAAGUGCGCUAUGGUCUCCAAGCAUUCUGUCAACGCGAGACUACGUCGAACUGGGUGAGCGCCGCAAACGGGCGCGCACCGAUGCCGUUUUUGCGGAGCCCGAUUGGAGCAGCUACUCGGCCCCCGCUGCCGCCUCCACCGUCCCGGGUUUCUACAACCGCCCCCCUUGCAUAGAAGGAGCAACCGUCGAAGGAGCUCAUGAAUCCAAGUGGCCCGAAGUCGUCGAAAACGGCGCAUUUGAGGCUUUUCCUGGUGUGACGGAACGGCCAAGCGCCGUCAAAACCGAGUCAGGAGCGGCGGAUGUCGAGCAGUGCGCCGACCGCGUGACUGAGGCGUUGCAACAGCUGGCACAGGCAGAACGCGCGCAGGGGUGCAUAUGGAUGCUGUUCGGCGGGAGCGGAGGGAGGCGCGUGUGGUGCUCGCCGCGCCUCACGCCCGUGACGGAGGCGCUAGUCGAGGGCCUAGAGGUUGCGAUCUCAAGCCGAUUGCAAGAUGCCCCAGUCGACGGCGGAAAAGUAAACGCCUCAAACGUCCUGCGAAGCCUUGUCCGCUCUCCGUCCCCGUCCGAAAGCACAUCCCCGUCCGUAGUACUGUCCGAGGGGCCGUCAAAGCUUCGGGCGGACCUCGCGGUCGUCGUCGAAGCGCUCGUGAGGGGGAUGAACCGCAUCACGUCCUCCCAAGGGUUACCGGCUCCAAGCACGAUACCCGAUUGGUUUCCUUACCCAACCAAGUACUGGACCAUUAGGGAAGAAAUGGAGAAGGCGGAGUUGCUACACGUUCUCGAUGUCGUCUUCCAAAAAGCCCGGAGAGAAUACUUUCACAUUCGGGAGUUGAAAGCGCAGUGGCACGCAUCGCAAGGCGAGCUCCAUAAUACUGAGCUCCGAAGAGCCGUUGAUGCAUACUUGGACGGAUUGGAAAUGGAAGCCACAGCGGUACUGCCGCGUAGGGUUGCAGUUUGAGGGAGUGGCUUUAUUGGUGCGCAUGCUCAUCCGGGUUGCAAAGCUGGAACAUUAAUAGCUCGGAAAGCCUGAUAUAGCAUCAAUCUAAGGGGGGGGCCGCACUGUUCAGGACAGAUACCAUGUGUUGCAUUGGCGUUUAUUCUGAGGUUGGCAAACACUAUGCCGCAAUAGCAAAGUUCCCAACCAAAAGCUAAAAUGUACGUGUGAGUGCGGUGUCGAGCUAAGUAAAUAAUUAUUACUCUGCUUGGAGAAAGUGGCCAGUGUUGGAGGUAAACGUGGAGGUUUGAAGGAAAUUUGGGCGAGUGCGGUAUUGGGGGUGCGGUGCUGAGUUCGAUAGCGGUUGUUACUCUGGUGGCCUGAGAAAGUGGUCUUUGAUGGAGACGAGUGCGGAAGUUUGAAAGCAAGUUGGGCAACGAGUGGCCCGUACGUUAGGUAUAUCUUGUCUGAGCAUAUACACCGAGCUUGUGGACUGCUACACUUAUAGUGGCUGCAAAAUAAGAAGUGGUCAAGGCUAGAAUGCUGCUUCACAUAACCAUUCUUUCAGUAGAUUUGCACUCUUAAUGUUGGCAAGGUCCGAUUCCUGAGUCCUCCACUUCAGUGAUUCUAACUUUUGUAAGAAGAGCGAUAGCCGAUGAACAAUGUCAGCACGUCGUGUUUGGCCAAACACACCAUCAUCCGGAUGGUGCUAUCCUUGGUGGACUCGACUCGUUGUUAAAAUCUUAGUCAACAAACGGGCAUUCGACAC